AUGGGACGUGGACGACGAGGAGGGCCUAAACGUGGCAAUUACAAAAACCACGGUUCGCGUGGUAACAAAUCGACUCGUGGUGGAGGUAACUUUAAAAAUAAAAGGAAAUUUAAUCAAGAUAGAGAUGGGAAAAAAGAUGACACUUCUGAAAGUAAAAGACAAAAGCUUCAACAAGAAAAAGAGGCUGUGCCUAUUAUCGAAGAAGAAUCAUCUAGCAGUGAAUCAGAAGAAGAAGUCAAACCUUACACACAGCUGCUGUCGAUGUUUAAAUCCAGUAGUAGAGCACAGCAAGUUUUGACAUCUGAUGAAGAACAGUCAGAUGAUGAAGAGGAAGCUGAAGAUAUGAAUGACCAAUCUAAUGAAGAUGACAUUGGCAGUGAAGAAGAAGAUUCAGCUCAAGACGAUGAGGAAGUAGAAGAAGAGGAAAGUGGUAGUUCAGUUGGUGUCGCUGAUGCUGAAGAUAUUGAAAAUAGUAUACAUGAAGAUCUUGAAGUUGAAUCAGAGGAAGAAGAACAUUCUGGUGAUGAAGAAGAAGAAACAUUAUCUACUGAUCCCUUCCACCUUCAUUUUGACAGGGAAAUAAAUGAAAACCUUUUAGAAAUUCUGACAUCGCCCAAGCCUUAUGAGACUCAAGAACUGAAGUGGAAAGCUCUUGGAAGAAUGGUGGUUCACCUGCCAACCAAACCUGAAAAAAACACAGGUCAACCAAAGCCUACAUUACUAGGUGAAACAAUAGAAAGUUAUGUCAUUCCUGGUAGUCUACCUGUAUUGAAAACUGGAAUCCCCUUGAGUGAAUACGGUGUUAAAUUGCAAUUAUGUUCCAACCUUGAUACGAGGCCACUCUCGGACAACAAACAAACGGCUGAAGAACUGCUCUCCCCAUUACAGCAUGAGCUUUUCACUCUCGCAAAUGAAUAUCGCGACGUGUAUUAUCCUGAAAUGAACCAUUUAAACAAUGACGAGAUUAGAACAGUUUACUGCCUUCAUAUGUUGAAUCAUGUAAUGAAAUCGAGAGACAAAGUUCUUCUUCACAACGCCAAAUUAAAAAAGGCCAAAGAAAAUGGCGUAGCGACUGAUGAAAUAGAAUAUAGAGAUCAAGGAUUGGUCCGCCCUCGAGUUCUAAUUAUCGCUCCUCUAAGAAACUCUGCAGUGAAGAUCGUUGAGAAAUUAGCUACAUUGUUGCUUCCUGCAAAAGGACAAAUUAUCAAUAAAGAUCGUUUCUAUAAAGAGUUUGGUGAGGAAAAAGAUGACGAGGGCAAAGCAGAGACGAAAAAGAGUUACAAACCAGAAGAUUUUGAGGCGGUAUUUACAGGAAACACUGACGAUUCUUUCAGGAUAGGCAUCUCUGUUGCCAAACGUACUCUCAAGCUUUACGCUGGGUUCUACAAAGCCGAUAUACUUAUCGCAUCUCCUCUGGGAGCGCGCACGCUACUUGCCGAAGACUUUGACUUUCUCUGUAGCAUCGAAGUGCUCGUGAUUGAUCAGACGGAUGUUCUUUAUAUGCAGAAUUGGGAUCACGUUCUGCAUAUUUUUCAACAUUUGCACCUUCAACCACGAGAACAGCAUGACACGGACUUGGGUCGUGUCCGUCUUUGGGCGCUAAACGGUUAUUCUGCUCACUACAGGCAGAAUUUAAUUUUUAGCAGCGUAGCGCUUCCCGAAGCUGCCGCGCUCUUUUCCCGUCGUGGAACGAAUUUUGCGGGGAAAGUACGCAUAGAAAAUGCAGUUACAGCAUCAUCGACAACCGUUUGCAGAGUACUUGUCCAGCUGCCUCAAGCAUUUCACCGAUUUCCUACGCAAACAGCGGCCCAGUCAGCCGACGAUCGUUACCACUUUUUCACUAAAAAGAUCCUGCCGCAGUAUCGCGACCAGAUAAUGAGUAACACACUCAUUUACAUUCCUUCGUAUUACGAUUACGUAAGAUUAAGGAAUCAUCUUCACAAGGAAGAUUACAACUUUGGCCAAGCAUGUGAAUACACGCCAGACGGAAAGCUUGCGCAAGUCCGUAAUCGUUUCUUUCUCGGUAAGAAGCGCUUGCUACUUUACACAGAACGAUUACAUUUCUACCGACGACUCACAAUGAAAGGGAUUCAUCACAUCAUUUUCUACCAAUUACCAACUUAUCCCAAUUUCUACCCCGAGCUGUGCAACCUUCUUCAGGACGCAUUUCAAAAUCCCAAGUACAGAGGAGAUGGCAGUCAGACUUGUACAGUUCUAUAUUCAACCUUUGAUGCUCCGAGACUUGCUGGAAUAGUAGGAAGUCAACGAGCUGCCGAAAUGUUGACGUCAGAUCGACCUGUGCAUCUAUUUGUUAGCGGAGGAAGUUGAUGAAAUGCUCAAACUAAUAAUGUAACUGUUUUAUCUGGUUGAUAACAAUAAAAUGUCGAGAUCAUGA